UCAGUUGGGGGUGAACGCUGAGUAGGUCAGCUCACCGAGCACCGGGCGCUGGUCCUCCCGCUCGGGAGGGUCGCCGGGACUGGUGCCCAGCCCUCCAGCUGAUCCGGGCCGAGUUCUGCUUCUCUCCAUGGGCAGCCCUCUGCAGCCCGGCCCCGGCCUCUGGCGGCGGGCGGCCUCGGUGAUCCUGGCGGCCGGCUGGGCCCGCCCGGGCGCCGCGGCCUCGUCGUUGCCCCCGCCGCCCGUCGAGGACUUCCGGCUAUUGCUGCUGAAGCGUGGCGCGAAUCAGGGCUUCCUGCCGAACGCUCAUGUCUUCCCGGGCGGUGUGCUGGACGCGGCGGAUCGCUCGCCAGAUUGGCUACGUCUCUUCGCGCCGCAUCACGGGCCUCCACGCUUCGGCCUGGGCCCCUCGCCGCGCCCGCCAGCCGCCGGGUUCCCGAGGCUGCCUGACUUCCAGACCGACGCCGACGACCCCGCGGCGCUUUCUGAUGACGUGGCCAAGCGCGUAUGCGCCAUCCGCGAGACCUUCGAGGAGGCCGGCGUGCUGCUGCUGCGGCCACGGGGUGCUCCGCCGGCCCGCGGUCCCGGGGCUCCGGCGCACGAGCCCGGCUGCGCCCUCGCCCCGCCCGAGGGCCUGGCUGCCUGGCGUGCGCGCGUCCGCAGCGACCCGCGCCAGUUCCUGAGCCUGUGCGCACACCUGGACUGCACCCCCGACAUCUGGGCCCUGCAGGACUGGAGCGGCUGGCUCACGCCGCCCUUGCCCGACGCCAGCCGCCGCUUCGACACCGCCUUCUUCGUCUGCUGCCUGCGCGAGCCGCCGCCCGUCGAUCCCGACCAGAGCGAGGUGACCGAGUGCCAGUGGUUAUCUCCAUCAGAGGCAACUGAAAAUUUCCUAUCCAAAAAUAUUUGGUUGGCAUGUCCACAGUUCUAUGAAAUAAGAAGACUUGGAAACUUUGUUUCCCUCUCUGCCUUGCACAAGUUCUGCUUGGAUCUUGCAUUAGAAGGGCCUGAAACAUGGAUGCCUAUCGCACUGGUAACUGCUGACUCCACAAUCAGGCUUUUCCCAGGAGAUGAACUGUAUGUAGAAGAUUCACACUUUGUAGAAAAUCCUAUGUAUACUGAAAAAACGACUGAAGAAAUCAUGAAAGAAAGCAGGAAAUUUCACCGACUAGUAAUGCACAAUACAUAUCUUUAUAACCUCCAUGUGACUGUCCAGCCAAAGUAUAAACAUAUUUAUCCUAAGAACUACGUAGUAAAUAAAAGCCAUUUGUAGGGUGUUGCUUGCUGUUAAGCUGGCCUACUUACAGUUGUGCUAAUGAACUCGAUUGAAAAAUCAUGAGGAACUUUAUAUGUACAAAAGUUAGAAUGUAGUGUUUCUUAAUUCAGGUGUAUUGUGGCACUGUCCUUAUUUCUUCAGCUGUAAAGUGUAUUAUAAGAAAAAAGUACUAAUUUAUUACCAGAAUAAGAUAAUUAUCACAAUG